AAAUUUGUGCACGGAAUCAGAAAAAAAGAAUAAUUGCGUAAAAGACUGACUUCUUUGCUCCGCACACAACACCACAGUUAUGGUAAGUGCGUCACGCCUCGCGUUCUAGCCUGCAGAAGUCGGGAAGCGAGCCUGCCGCGAAAGCAGCUCCAUAAAAUCGCAUAAAGUAAAGCGCUGGCUGCGCCCGUGCAAACGCCCACAACUUCAGCCGCAAAGUUCCGGAGCCGCACAACAACUACACCCCCACACUUGACACCACAUCAACAUCUCACUAUGUAUCCCUGGAGCUCAACGUCGUACAGUGGCCAAGCGCCUGCUGGUGACGCUGUCCAACGUAGGACCAUGCCAAAUGGUUUGGACGAUCAAGAGAAGCUGCUCGCCGAGGCGGUUGGUUCGGCGCGAAAACAGGCAUUCCAAAUGAACCACUUCCUAGAUAAGGAACGCAUGUUGGAUGCGCUUAAGUGCGCGAGUACGAUGCUCAGUGAACUGCGCACCUCGAUGUUGUCACCAAAAAGCUACUACGAGCUAUAUAUGGCCAUCACGAACGAGCUGUGCCACCUGGAACUGUAUCUCAGCGAAAAGAGUCAGAAGGAGACGGAUCUCUACGAAUUGGUGCAGUAUUCGCACACAAUUGUGCCACGCCUGUAUCUGCUCAUCACAGUGGGCAUUGUGUAUAUAAAGAACGACUCGACGCUGAAGCGCAGUAUACUGAAGGAUCUUGUGGAGAUGUGUCGUGGCGUUCAGCAUCCGUUGCGUGGCCUAUUCCUGCGCAACUAUCUGCUGCAGUGCACCCGCAAUAUUCUACCGGACGUGCUUGUAGCGGAAAACGAACAUGAAGGCAAUGUGUAUGACGCUAUUGAUUUUGUGCUUACGAAUUUUGCGGAAAUGAACAAACUGUGGGUGCGAAUGCAGCACCAAGGACACUCGAGCGAAAAGACACGCAGGGAAAAAGAGCGAGAGGAGCUUAAGAUUUUAGUGGGCACGAAUCUGGUGCGUUUAUCACAACUAGAGUCGGCGACGCUGGAGACAUACCAGCGUCUGAUUUUGCCAGGCAUAUUGGAACAAGUCGUUAGCUGUCGCGAUGCAAUUGCCCAAGAGUAUCUUAUGGAAUGCAUUAUACAGGUGUUUCCAGACGAGUUUCAUCUCCAGACGCUAGAUCCAUUCCUGAAAUCGUGCGCUCAACUCGAGACGGGCGUCAACGUCAAGAACAUCAUUAUAUCGCUGAUUGAACGCUUGGCUGCCUACAAUCAGCGCAGCGGCAAGACAAGCGGAAAUGCCAUCGACGCCAUCAUACCAGCCGAAGUCGAACUUUUCGAGGUGUUCAGCGUGCAGAUAGCAAACAUUGUGCAGACACGUAUGGAUAUGCCCCUGGAGGACACAAUAUCACUACAAGUAGCCUUACUCAGUCUGGCGCAGAAGGUAUAUCAAGAUCGGGUGGAUUAUGUGGACAAGGUGUUGGGAACAACCGCUCAAAUACUCGAUCGCAUGAACAUGAACAACAUUUCGCAUUUGCUGUCCGUGAACCAGGAGCUAUCUCGUCUGCUGCGCAUAUGCAUCGAUUUUUACAACAACGCCUUGACUAUAAUACAGCUGUACAAUUUCUGUCCGCUACUUGAAAAAUUCGACUACACCUCUCGCAAAUCGCUGGCAUUAUAUUUGGUAAUGAACAUACUGGAGAAUGAAACAUGUGUGUCUACGUCGGAUCAAGCGGACAGCAUACUGACUAUUAUAGCCCCUCUGAUUAAGGAUGAUGAGUCCAACAAGGAUAGCUCUGCGGCAGCGGCGAACAGCAUAGACCCAGAGGAGUUUGCUGAGGAGCAGGGCGUUGUGGCACGUUUUAUACAUCUGAUGAAAUCGGAUGAACCAGACAUGCAAUACAAAAUGCUACAAACGGCUCGCAAACACCUUGGCAAUGGCGGCGGCCAGCGUCUCAAGCAUGUGCUUCCACCUCUGGUAUUCGCCGCCUAUCAGUUGGCCUUUAAAUACAAAUCCAUUGCCGAUGAGGACGAAAACUGGGAUAAAAAGUGUCAGAAAAUAGUUCAGUACUGUCACAGCACAAUCAGUGCGUUGGCCAAAGCGGAUCUACCAGAUCUGGCACUGCGUUUAUAUUUACAAGGCGCGUUGGUUAUUGGCGAGAUACGAUAUACGAAUCACGAGACUGUGGCAUAUGAGUUUAUGACGCAAGCCUUCUCCCUCUACGAGGACGAAAUAUCCGAUUCAAAGGCACAAUUAGCUGCCAUAACUCUCAUUAUGUCCACAUUCGAGCAAAUGUCCUGUUUCGGUGAGGAAAACGCCGAGCCGUUACGUACGAACUGUGCAUUGGCCGCCUCGAAACUGCUGAAGAAACCCGAUCAAUGCCGCGGAGUGGUCGCCUGUGCAGCGCUGUUCUGGAGCGGCAAACAAAAUGGAGAGGAAAUGCGUGAUGAAAAACGAACAUUGGAUUGCUUGAAAAAGGGCGCGCGCAUCGCAUCCCAAUGUCUGGAUACGGGCGUUCAGGUGCAAUUGUAUGUGGAGCUGUUGAACCAUUACCUCUUCUUCUUUGAACGCGGCAAUUCGCUCAUCACAGUCGCCAUGCUGAAUCAGCUCAUUGCCAAAGUCAAUGAGGAGCUGCCAAAUUUGGAGCCCAGUGAGGAGACGAAACAGAUAGAGAGCCAUUACAAAAACACUCUAGCACACAUACGCAGUCGCAUGGAAUCAAGUGAUGCCGCCUUAGAAGUAUCAUUCGCUGGAAUUGCACUCAACCAAUAAGGAUUAUUAUACUUUGAUAACAUCUUUAGACAAAAGGAAAUGCAACUAAAACAGAAACACUAUUGCGCACGAUCGACCACGCCUACUUUUGUACCGCCAGUUACAUUGUAGUCGACAAAUAGGAAUCUAUAUUUUUUAAAUGCCGAUGUCAUUUCAAUUUGAUUAUUUCUGUAUUGUAAGUGCAAAGUUUAUACAUUCUUGAAUUAUUUUUGAUUUUUUGUCAAGUAUUUAAGUAUUAGAUAAAAAAAAUAAUAAUAAUUUUGUUCCAUUAUUUAACCCCCACAAAAUCGUGAAAAAAUUGUAAAACAAAUUGAAGUCCUAAAGUGAAAUAGUUGUAAUACAACGUAUUAAUAUUAACCAAUUAUGAUUGAUUACAAAUAUUAUGAUUAUGAAGCGAUACGUAU